AUGGAGGCUCUGCUGCGAGUUGAGACGCUGAGGUGCUUCAGCCUAGUCUUUCUCAGCCUGCUGUUGCUUCCGGUAUCUAUUGUGACGAUAUGGAUCAACCGUUUCUUGUACGAGAUCCAAUCAAUCUCCCGGCCGGCCUUUGAAAGGAAAACAAUUUUAGUCACCGGUGUGGGCAUGGCCAAGGGGCUGACGCUGGCGCGGGUAUUCCAUCGGUGUGGUCAUCGUGCCAUAGGCGCCGACUUCGAAAGCCGCUGGAUCCCGUGUUCUGGGCGCUAUUCGAAAAGUCUGUCACGGUUCUAUCGGUUGCCCAAGCCCAACAGCGAAUCCGGCGCUCAGGUGUACAUCGAGCGCCUCCUCGAGAUCAUCGACGCCCACAAGGUCGAUCUAUGGGUAUCCUGUUCAGGAGUCGCCAGCGCCUUCGAGGAUGCCCAGGCCAAGGAGGCCAUCGAGAAGGGUAGCCCGUGCAAGUGCAUCCAGUUCGACGUCUCGACCACGUCGGCACUGCACGAGAAAGAUGCCUUCAUGCGGGCGUGCACGGACCGCGACCUGCCGGUCCCGGAGACCUACGACAUCAAGUACCGCGACGAAGUCUUCGGCAUCCUCGCCGAGGUCGUGGCCCGGCAUCCCGAUCGCAGAUUCAUCCUCAAGCCCGUGGGCAUGGACGAUUUGCACAGGGCCAAUAUGACACUGCUCCCGCUGUCGUCGGAGCGCAAGACGAACGAACACGUGUGCCGCCUGCCCAUCUCGCCGGCGAACCCGUGGAUCCUGCAGCAGUUCAUCUCGGGCGGCGAGGAGUACUGCACGCACGCGCUCGUCGUCCGCGGCGUGGUGCAUUGCUUCGUCGCGUGCCCCAGCGCCGAGCUGCUCAUGCACUACGAGGCCCUGCCGCGCACCUCCGCGCUGUGGCAGGCCAUGCUCGAGUUCACCGUACAGUUCAUCGACCGCUCGCCGGACCCCGAGGCCAUGACGGGCCAUCUGAGUUUCGACUUCAUGGUUGAGAACGGGGCCGUGCGCGCGGACGGGUUCGAGAGGAAGAUCUAUGCCAUCGAGUGCAAUCCCCGCGCGCACACUGCUGUGGUGCUGUUUGCGCAGGCGGGGCCGGAGGAAAGAGAUAUGGUGCGGGCUUACCUCUCUGCAACUGACCCGGUCACCGCUGUUCUCUCGGACGACGUCACGUAUUCCAUGGCCGUGUCGGGAGAGAAGCCGCGCGUGAGUCCGCAUCUCGUCAUGCCACCCCAGGAUACCCAGGCGCGGUACUGGGUCGCGCACGACCUGAUAUCGCUACUGAACCUACCUCUGGUGCAGAUGGACCGUAGACGGAUGGACUUGAGGAUGAUGGCGGAAGCGUGUUUCGCUUUCUUGAUUCGUCUUUUGACGUGGAAAGACGGGACGUUCGAGGCUUGGGAUCCGUGGCCGGCUCUUGUUCUGUACCAUGUGUACUGGCCGUUGACGAUCCUGGAUGCCUGUUGGCAUGGGAGGGGGUGGAGCAGGGUCAACGUCAGCACGACGAAGAUGUUCGCCUGCUGA